CACAUGUUCAGACGGUCACACUGUGCCCCUUAACAAUAUUCAGGUGUCUCAAAUCGAUUUUUUAAAACUCAAAAAUACUCGAAUACAGCGCAAAAAACCGAAUAAAUGGACGCAUUACAAGACGAGGUGGAAUCGCUGGAGGCAAUUCUAAUGGACGAUGUUUGCAUCAAGCGCACUGCCAGCGGCGACGUGGACGUAAUCGAGACAACAGUUCUCCCGUUGACUGGGGAGGAGGACGAGCAGCAGUACAUCUGUGUGACGCUGCAGGUCCAGCCGACGCCGGGCUAUCCAGACGCCAGUCCCACAUUCAAAUUGCUUCGACCGCGGGGACUAGACGACGCUCGCUUGGAGGCCAUACGCACCGCCUGUAAUGUCAAGAUUAAGGAAUCGCUGGGCUUUCCCGUCGUCUUCGACCUGAUUGAGGUUGUGAGGGAGCAUCUGACUGGCAGCAACUUGCCAAGCGGACAGUGCGUGGUCUGUCUGUACGGAUUCGCCGAGGGCGACGAGUUUACUCGAACCGAGUGUUUCCAUUACCUGCACAGCUACUGCCUAGCUAGGCACUUGAAUGCACUACGUCGCAACUAUCAGGAGGAGUUUGACAAGCUGCCCGCCUGGCUGCAGAAGACGGCUGAUCCCUUCCAGGCGUUGUGUCCCGUUUGUCGGGAACACAUAAGUGAUGAGUCGGACAGCCUGAAGUGCGCCAUGCCGCCCUCGGAGCUUAUCAACGCGCCCGACUUCAAAGUGACCCAGGAGCUUAGAGAGAUGCAGCAGCGCAUGUCACAGCUGUAUCUGCAGCAAAAGAGUCGCGGGGCCAUCAUUGAUGUAAAGGCCGAUAGUGCUGCUGUCAUUUCUAUUGAGACCGAGGAGGAUGUACGACGACGUAGGCGUCGUGAAGAAGCGGAGGCCGCUAGAAAGUUGGAGGGACCAGCCAAGGACGAAGCACCAAAACCCACAAGCAGCUCUACCUUUGCACCCGUAGUGCAGGAAACACAUCGUGUGUCAGAGCCAACAAACAACAACUAUCAUCACAAUCGUCGGCAUUAUCGUGGCAAUAGGCGCCAUCAGCAUGGGCACCACCAUCGGGCCGACCGCGAUCGCGAGCCAAACCCUGGCACAGCUGGAGGCACCUCAGGCGGAAGCAGUGCAGCAACUACAGGGACAGGAAAGCAGACGAAGUCUCAGUCUGCCUGUUCGGGGCCUACCAGGUGACAAUGGCUUCCAGGACAGAUGCGGCUCCGGAUACCCAUUGCGUUGCCAUGCUGCUAAUACACAAUCCAGCACCAUCCCAGACAGAACAGAGUUUUUUUUUUAUAGUUUUCUGAGGCGCACUCGUUUCUGUGAAUUUUGCGUUUGUAUUUAUGUUUAGUUAGCUUUAGCGAACCGGGUUAGCUAAUUUUCUAUUAACAAUGAUAUUUAGUUGUAUAUUAACUAUAAUGAUAUUUGUAAUGGUUUGCAAAAGACUUGCGGCACCAUGCCGAGACGAUAUUACGAUUACGAUUAUGAGGAUGACUAGGUUUUGAUAGCUAGAGAGUAAAGCAAGCAUGUAUUUAGCAGCACCAACUGGCAGCGCUGGCGUUGACGAAACCACUCCAUACCAUACGAUGCACACGACAGAGAAGAUGGCCAAGAAGACACUGAAUGAUAUUGAUAUUCCCAUACGCAAUGCAUAAUCUGCACUUGCUCUCAAUGUUUAGCAUAAAUAUUUAUACACUUCCCCCACCCUCCCAUAUCUAGCAGCCGCUAGCACCAUAAUUAAAAAGGAAAACUAACGAAUACUUGAAGUUGGAACCACCCACAAUCCCCCAUCUAGUCAGCCAGCAAAAGGAAGGGAAGACAGAUGUCAGAUGAGGCCCGAGACAGAGACAGGGCAUUAGCAUUAGCAGUAGCAUGCAAAGCACACAUUAAAUGUUGUAAUUAAUUGAGUGUUUGUGUAAAAAGAAAGACCUGUACCGGCAUCCAUAUGGAUCGGCGAAGGUUGUACAUUCAUACUCGUGUAUCGAAAAUUAAAUUUCAAUGUGUCAAAUAAAUACUACGAUUGGGAAGCAUAACGAAUAAAAUCAACUACCAAAAUCAUGGAAUAA